ACUCCACCCUCAUCACCUAAACCCUAAUUUCACCUAAAAAAUAAAAAUAAAAAUAAAAAUUAGAGUCAUCACACUAAAUCUUUGUCACGUGCGUAUGAUGAAAUACCAAAACCACCCUCCACCCAACAAGUAUCCGAUUCUGGCGGACCUUCCGAGGACACAUAUACCCCUAUAAAGACAAGGCAGCACAAACAUAGGCUAUCGAUCUGAAGCUUGGUCACUGCCGAGUAAAACUGUGUAAGAACCACUUACUCUCUCCUCUCCUCAUGGCCGCUGCUGCAGUUGUUGCCAACGGCGAUUACGCCGCCGUUCAAACUCCGUCUACCGGCCGGUUUGCCGCCGGUUACAGCGAAGUACAGAACAGCCGUCUCGAUCACUCCCUCCCCCUGCCUUCCGUCCUCAAAAGCUCCUUGAAAGUCGUCGACGGUCCGCCUAGCUCUGCUGCCGGAAAUCCAGAUGAGAUUGCGAAAUUGUUUCCUUGUCUUUUUGGACAACCAUCAGUGAACUUGGUACCAGGAGAUUCCACCGGCGAACUGUUGCCCAAAGCAUUGAAGAUUGGUGUAGUUUUAUCUGGUGGACAAGCCCCCGGAGGGCACAAUGUUAUCUCUGGAAUUUUUGAUUACCUGCAGGAUCGUUGCAAAGGCAGUACAUUGUAUGGAUUCCGUGGUGGGCCAGCUGGAAUUAUGAAGGGCAAGUAUGUAGUGUUGACCCCUGAGUAUAUCUAUCCUUACAGAAACCAGGGUGGAUUUGAUAUGAUUUGCAGUGGGAGAGACAAAAUUGAGACUCCAGAACAGUUUAAACAAGCUGCAGAUACAGCAGUUAAGCUUGAUCUGGAUGGUCUUGUAGUAAUUGGUGGAGAUGAUUCAAACACAAAUGCCUGCCUUUUGGCGGAAAAUUUUAGGAGUAAAAACUUAAAAACCAGGGUUAUUGGAUGUCCGAAGACCAUAGAUGGUGAUCUAAAAAGUAAAGAGGUGCCUACAAGUUUUGGGUUUGAUACUGCAUGCAAGAUUUAUGCUGAAAUGAUUGGCAAUGUCAUGGUGGAUGCUCGUUCAACUGGAAAAUACUAUCAUUUUGUUCGACUUAUGGGGCGUGCUGCUUCUCACAUUACAUUGGAGUGUGCUUUGCAAACUCAUCCUAAUAUCACUCUAGUUGGUGAAGAGGUUGCUGCUAAAAAACAAACCCUUAAAAAUGUCACUGACUACAUUGCGGACGUGAUCUGCAAACGUGCCGAACUUGGUUAUAACUAUGGUGUAAUACUCAUCCCCGAAGGACUUAUUGAUUUUAUUCCAGAGGUUCAGCAGCUCAUUUCAGAACUGAAUGAGAUUUUGGCCCAUGACGUAGUUGAUGAAGCUGGUAUUUGGAAAAAGAAACUCACCCCUCAGUCUCGUGAGCUUUUUGAUUUUUUACCCCCAGCUAUCCAGGCGCAAUUGAUGCUUGAGAGAGAUCCACAUGGAAAUGUCCAGGUCGCCAAAAUCGAAACUGAGAAGAUGCUUAUUCAAAUGGUUGAAACUGAGUUGGGAGUGAAGAAGCAAGCUGCUGCAUACAAAGGUCAAUUUAAAGGGCAGUCACAUUUUUUCGGAUAUGAAGGAAGAUGUGGUUUACCAUCUAAUUUUGAUGCCACAUACUGCAACGCAUUGGGUUAUGCUGCUGGUGUACUGCUUCAUAGUGGGAAAACUGGAUUGAUUUCCUCGGUUGGGAACUUGGCCGCCCCUGUGGCUGAAUGGACUGUUGGUGGAACAGCGCUGACCUCCUUAAUGGAUGUUGAAAGGAGACAUGGUAAGUUCAAGCCAGUGAUAAAGAAGGCGAUGGUUGAGCUGGAAGGUGCCCCAUUCAAGAAAUAUGUGUCUAUGAGGGAAGAGUGGGCUCUUAACAACCUAUACAUUAAUCCUGGUCCCAUUCAAUUUGUGGGCCCAACAGCUGAUAAAGUGAAUCACACCUUAUUGCUGGAACUCGGAUAUCAAAUAUAAAUGUGAGUUUUGUGGGACUUCUCACAAAGUUUCUAAUUUUUGUGACCCUUUCACAUAAUCUGAACCUCUGCUAGUCUCCCUGAAUUUCUCUUCCCUUCUCCUCGGUGGAUUAAUUGUUAUAAGUGUAACGCGUAUUUCUUCUUUAUCGUUUUCUCUGAGACGAGUACAUGAAUAAUUUGUCCUCAACAUUGAAUGUCCGAAAAAUGGGUUUCACAGAAAUAAUUUUAUAAAUAGUUUUGGGGGUUUAGGGUUA